ACCAUGUCGAGCGAGAACAAGAAGAUCCUAACCCUGAGGAGCGAAGAUCAUCAUACAUUUGAGAUUGAUGAGGCUGUUGCUCUUCAGUCUCAGACCAUCAAGCACUUGGUGGAGGAUGGCUGCGCCAAUACCACCAUCCCCUUGCCCAACGUGAAAUCCAACAUCCUUAGCAUGGUCAUCGAGUACCUAAAGAAGCACGCUGAGGAUGAGGAUUGCAAGAAUGAUGACAAGGGGCGUGAAGAGUCUCUCAAGAAAUUCGACAAAGAACUUGUCAACAACGACCAGAGCACCCUGUUUGAUCUGAUAUUGGCAGCCAACUAUCUGGAAAUCAAGGGGCUACUGGACUUGACAUGCCAGGCUGUGGCAGACAUGAUUAAAGGAAAGACUCUCGAAGAGAUUCGCGAGACUUUCAACAUCAAGAAUGACUUCACUCCUGAGGAAGAAGAGGAGGUUCGAAGGGAGAACCAGUGGGCUUUUGAGUGA